UUGGCCACACGGUCGGGAAAACUGGUACCUAGUAGUGGUUUAUCCGCAGAAAGGUCUUUACGUACGUCUGCAAAACUUGAAGUGAUUUUAGUGUUCGUUAUCGGCUGAACAAGCCUCCGGGAUCUCUUUAAACUCUGCCUGGUCCUAGUAAUACAGGAUGUCAUCAACCAGCCCUGCACAAGGAGCAACUCUCAUCAAAGUUGGCUGGCUACAAAAAAGAGGGGAAUAUAUUAAAAACUGGAGGCCAAGGUUUUUCCAGCUUUGGAGUGAUGGCAGUUUUAUUGGUUACAAAGAAGUCCCCAAGAACAAAGAACUAGAGCCUUUGAACAACUUCACUGUUGUGGGUGCAGAAGUUCUGAAAACUGAAAAGCCAAAGCCAAAUACCUUCUUUUUGCGAAUUAUUCAGUGGACAACGUUUGUACAAAGAACAUUUCAUGUGGAUACGCCAGAGGAGAGAGAAGAAUGGAUUAAUGCCAUUCAGCAAGUUGCAGAGCAGUGCAAGGAACAGUUUAAUGCAAAUCAGGAAGGCAGGGCUGACCAAAACAAGGCCUCUGAAUCUGCUGAAAGUAAAUUGACUCUUGAUGACUUCUCCAUGCUGCGAGUCCUAGGAAAAGGGACAUUUGGAAAGGUAAUGAUGUCUCGUAUGAAGAAGACUGGGGAAAUAUGUGCACUGAAAAUCUUAAAAAAGCAAGUUAUUAUUGCUAAGGAUGAGGUUGUCCACACACUUACUGAAAACAGAGUUCUUCAGACCACUAAGCAUCCUUUCCUAACUGAAUUACGAUAUUCCUUUCAAACUCCAGACCUUUUGAUUUUUGUCAUGGAGUAUGUAAACGGAGGAGAGCUGUUCUUCCACUUGUCCAAAGAGCGUGUUUUCUCGGAGGACCGUGCACGUUUCUACAGCUGUGAAAUUAUUCUGGCAUUGAAAUACCUCCAUGACAACAAGAUUGUUUACAGAGACCUCAAGCUUGAAAACCUGCUCUUAGACUCAGAAGGCCAUAUCAAGAUCACAGAUUUUGGUUUAUGCAAAGAGGAGAUCUCUUAUGGUGCGACAACCAAGACAUUCUGUGGUACACCAGAAUACUUAGCACCAGAGGUGCUAGAGGAUAAUGAUUAUGGCCGCAGUGUGGACUGGUGGGGUUUAGGCGUGGUUAUGUAUGAGAUGAUUUGUGGACGCUUACCCUUCUACAACAAGGACCAUGAAGUUCUCUUCGAACUCAUUUUAGUGGAGGAGGUAAAAUUUCCUACCAGAAUAACAGAGAAAUCGAAGAGUGUUUUAACUGGUCUUCUUUGUAAGGACCCUCAUAAGAGACUUGGAGGUGGGGCAGAAGAUGCCAAACAAGUGAUGCAGCAUCCAUUCUUUGAUUCUGUGAAUUGGGAUGAUGUGUACCAUAAACGGAUCAAGCCGCCAUUCAAACCAGUCAUCAAGUCUGCAACUGAUGUCUCCUAUUUCGAUGAAGAUUUUACUAGUGAGCCUGUUCAAUUAACUCCGCCUGAAGGGCAUCAUCUCGAGAAGAUCGCCGAGGAUGAAGAGCAAGUGUUUGACAAGUUCACUUACGUGGCUGAUUCCACGAUUCAUAAAUGACCACACUCAGCACAUAUGAACUGAUAGUACUAAUAUGUCUCAAUGCAAUGUUAAUAUACCAUCCCUUAACGACCACACUCAGCAUAAAUGAACUGAUAUCUCCCAAUGCAAUGUUUAUAUACCAUCUCUCAGUGACCACACUCAGUACAAAUGAACUGAUAUAUCUCAAUGUAAUGCUUAUAUACCAUCCCUCAGAAGGGUGUUCUCCAUAGUCUCUAUGGGAAUAUGUUUUUACGUGCUCUCCUUAUUUUAGAGGGGGUUAGUAUGCAAUAUCGACAGCUGUAACUUUGCGCGGUGCUAGUAUAUAGCAUGAGUGGAGCAAAUGAUUCCUUUCCCCACAACAAAUACAUACAAAUGGAAAAUUGUCAUUUUGACCCUUAUUUUGUAUGAUGUCAUAUAGAGCAUUUCCUUCGUACCGUUCACAGAAAUGAAAAAUUCGAUUUUUAAAAUUAUGUACAAACUGGAAUAGACCGUAGAUUUUAGACUCGAAAAUUCAUUUUGUACAGUUAUUAAAUGAUAGCCUUUGCCAGAAAUAAUGUUUUAAUUAAAAUGAUGCUUUUAUUUAAUUUUUGUUACCUCGAUUACCUUACCCUGGCAGCUUCGCACAAAUCGUUGUCGCCGCGAAGCCCGGAGCCUCUCCUAGUUCCCAGGGUAUGAUUACCUAGAUAAUAAAAACGUUCCUGUCACUCUCAUAAAAGGGUCUGUA